UUGUAUGAUCCAUCAACAGGUAUUUGGACAACUACUAGUAACAUGACUAAUGCAAGAACUGAGCAUACAGCAUGUGCAUUAUCAAGUGGAAAAAUAUUAGUUACUGGUGGAGCUGGUAUUAGUGGUGCUUUGAAUAGUGCUGAACUGUAUGAUCCAUCAACAGGCACUUGGACAACUACUAGCAACAUGGUUGCUACACGAUACUGGCACACAGCAUCUUUAUUAUCAAAUGGAAAAGUGUUAGUUACUGGUGGAUGGAAUGGUAAUAUUGUUUUAAAUAGUACUGAGCUGUUUGAUCCAUCAAUAGGUACUUGGACAACUACUAGUUACAUGACUGAUGUACGACAAUUUCACACAGCAUCUGUAUUAUCAAGUGGAAAAGUAUUAGUUACUGGUGGUUGGAAUGGUACUAAUGCUAUAAAUAAUGCAGAAUUAUAUUAA